UCGACCAAUCGUAUAAAAACAGUUGGGGAGUUGAAAGUUCACACCAUUUGCAUCAGGAAAUCCAACAUGUCAGCGCCCUUGCGGUUCGACGGGAAAGUUGUGUUAGUGACAGGCGCAGGGAAUGGUCUGGGGAAGGAGUAUGCCUUGGCUUUUGCAGAGCGAGGAGCAUCGGUUGUGGUGAAUGACUUAGGAGGAAAUUUUAAAGGGGAAGGAAAGAGUGCUCGAGCUGCUGAUAAAGUAGUGGAAGAAAUCCGCUCUAAAGGAGGAAAAGCCGUCCCUAACUAUGAUUCUGUUGAGGAGGGAGAGAAACUUGUGAAGACGGCCCUAGAGAAUUUUGGUCGCAUCGAUAUCAUUGUGAACAAUGCUGGGAUCUUGAGGGACCGCUCCUUCGCUCGCAUCAGUGACCAGGAUUGGGAUUUGAUUCACAGAGUCCAUUUACGAGGGUCUUUCCAAGUGACACGAGCAGCAUGGCCUCACAUGAAGAAGAAUAACUAUGGAAAAAUCAUCAUGGUGACAUCUGCCUCUGGUAUCUAUGGCAGCUUUGGUCAGGCUAAUUACAGUGCAGCCAAGCUCGGACUCCUUGGACUUGGGAAUACUUUGUCACUUGAGGGGAAAAAGAACAACAUUUCCUGUAACACCAUCGCACCGAUCGCAGGAUCUCGAAUGACAGAAACAGUCAUGCCUCCAGAUUUAGUGGAGGCCCUGAAACCAGAGUAUGUGGCCCCCCUUGUCUUGUACCUGUCCCAUGACUCGUGUACAGAAAAUGGGUCACUCUUUGAAGUUGGAGCUGGAUGGGUUGGAAAGUUGAGGUGGGAAAGGACACAGGGCGCUGUUUGUCGUGACGCGGGGAGGAGGAUGACCCCAGAGGAUGUACGUGACAAUUGGGAAAAAAUUACCAACUUCAAGAACUCCACCCACCCCUCCACCUCACAAGAGUCUUCAGCAGAUAUGAUGAAUGUUCUUAAGGAUUUAGAAAGCCAGUCCUCAUCAUCACCUCGCCCAGCUCCGGCCAGUGGUGGAAUGGACAUCGAAGCAGCCAAAUCUCACAGAGGUCCUCCCAGUCAGUUCUCGUACACAGAGCGAGACGUCAUUCUGUACGCUCUCGGAGUUGGGUCGUCCACAAAGGAACCGGACUACCUGAAGUUUUUGUUUGAGGGAGCAGGAGAUUUUUGUGUCAUUCCAAGCUUUGCUGUCAUUCCUGCCUUUAGUUCCCAGGUCGGAAUGAUGACAGGAGGUAUUCCAGGAUUCUCGAUCGAUCUAACCAAGGUGUUACAUGGAGAACAGUACACAGAACUGUACAAACCCUUCCCCACCAACGCCACACUGACCUCCAAAACCAGAGUGGUGGACAUCCUGGACAAGGGAUCGGGAGCAGUCCUUAUUGUCAAUGUGGAGACCUUUGAUGAGAAGAACGAGAAGGUUGCGUUUAACCAAUUCAGCACGUUUGUGGUGGGGGCUGGAAAGUUUGGAGGCAAGAGGAACUCUGAUGAAGCCAAACCCACUGUUAACCCGCCGAACAGAUCUCCAGAUGCCAGCAUCAGCGAGAAAACCAAUGUCGAUCAGGCGGCCCUGUACAGACUAAGCGGAGACAGAAAUCCACUUCACAUUGACCCGAGCUUUGCUGCUAUGGGAGGUUUUUCAGAGCCCAUUCUCCAUGGAUUAUGUAGCUAUGGUUACGCCACUAGACAUGUUCUACGUCAAUACUGUAACAACGAUGUGUCGAAAAUCAAAGCAAUCAAGGUGAGAUUCUCCAAGCCCGUCUUACCUGGACAGACCAUACAGACAAACAUGUGGAAGGAGGGGAGCCGAGUGUUCUUCCAGUGUAAGGUUGUGGAGAAUGGUAACAUCAGUUUGUCUGGAUCUUACAUUGAUCUAAAUGAAGGAACAGCCCCCACAGUUUCACAAGCCUCCAGCAGCCUGAAGACGGAUGCUCUGUUCAAUGAUAUGGCACAACGAGCCGCAUCACAACCAGCACUAGCGAAGAAAAUCAACGCCAUCUUCCUGUUUGAAAUCACUAAAGACAAGAAAGUAGCCGCUAAGUGGACUGCUGACAUGAAGACUGGAGGAGGAGUGUACCGUGGAGGGCCGAAACAGGGGAAGGCUGAUUGUACAAUGACCAUUGAUGAUGAAGCCAUGAUGGACAUGGCCUCUGGCAAACUGGAUGGACAGACGGCUUUCAUGAAAGGAAUCCUGAAAUUGAAAGGAAACAUGAUGCUGGCCCAGAAACUUGGAGAAUUGUUAAAACCAGGACCCGAUGGGGCAGCCCAAACUCCAAAGUCAUCUUCUGGUGCUUCCGGUCUUUUGACUGACUCCCUCUUUGAAGACAUGGCCAAGCGAGCAAAGACUCAACCUGCCAUAGCUAAGAAAAUCAACGCAGUGUUCUUGUUUGACAUUACGAAGGAUGGCAAGCCUGUUGCCAAGUGGACUGCAGACAUGAAGACUGGAGCUGGGGUCUACCGAGGUGAUCCGAAACAAGGCAAGGCAGAUUGUACGCUGACCAUUGAUGACAAAAACAUGGUGGACAUGGCAACUGGAAAACUAAACGGACAAACGGCUUUCAUGAAAGGUCUUCUUAAAAUAAAGGGGAACAUGAUGCUGGCCCAGAAAUUGGGAUCCUUGUUUGGAGAAACGUCCAAACUCUAAGUGUAUGAGAGGAUCAAGUGAACAUUCAGCAUGCAGUACUGUCGCCAUUUAAAAAUCUACAACAUUGCAUUGUUAGUAAUACUUACAUUAUACCCUGAUGAGUGGUUGUGGAAACCGUGAAUUCCAAAACAUGAUCAAAGAACGAUGAAUAAUUGCGAUAAACAUGCGUGUUUUCCAGUAUUUUGAUUAUGGACUACAGAACAUAGCUACAACUAAAUGUAGGGAGAUUCAUCCUUAAAUGAAAUUUGUGACAAUGAGUGAAAUGUGCUAUGUUGAUUUAUGUUUGAUUAUAGUGCUGUUAUCUGUGAUAUCAUGAAUGUAUUUGCAAUGCAUAAUAUGUACAUGAAGAAAAGAUCAUUUUGAUAGCGUGAUAUUAAAAUGUUUUUAAUCAUCAUA